AUGUACGGGUGGAGUUUGCUAGCGCUGACAGCGCUUGUCGUGUUCACAAAUGCAAUCGACACUUCUUCACGGUUUCCACGACAAUACUUUGGGGGCAAACCAGAGAGACCGAGGCCAUUCGAACCUGCAUCUUAUCUACCUCCAACUGGUUACCCUCCAUCAGGAAAUCGCCCGACACCUUCUUAUAGUGAGGGUCCAUCUCCUUCCAGUCCAAACUAUCAACCUAGCUCGCCUUUCUUAUCAAGUCAACCAGAGCAACCAUCAUCAGAGCCAAGCCAACCGCCGUACCAGCCAAGUGAACCGGGCUAUCAACCUAGUCAGCCAACCUCACCACCUUAUCAACCAAGCGAACCAUCCCAAUAUCCGUAUAAACCAUCAGAGCCUUCUCAGCCUAGUCAACCAACCCAAUCUCCAUACGAUUCAAGCAAACCUUCUCAGCCAGAUUACCAACCUAGUCAACCUUCCAAGCCUAAUAAUGAAGUAACUUCGUCGUAUCAACCUACUCAGCCUAAUUUCCCUACGCAACAGCCUGAAAAUCCUGACAAUGGCAACAUCGGAACCCCACCAUCACAACUUCCUUCUGGGCCAGAUGACGAUGACCGUCACCCACCACAUAUUCACGAUAUAACAGUUGCCUGCGGCAAGCAAAUGAUGACCAUUAAUAUAGAAUUCAACAAAGCCUAUAAUGGUAUUAUAUAUUCUCAAGACCAUUUCAAAGACUCUGAUUGUGUUUACGUGAGAGAAAACUCCAAUCAAAUUAAAUACUCCUUUACUGUCAACCUUGACAAAUGUGGUACAAAAUUCUUCAGUGAUUUCGAAAAUGAAGGUCAAGCUUACUUGGAGAAUAUUUUAGUUCUUCAAAACGAACCUGGUAUACAGGAAGUCUGGGAUCAUAUCCGUCGAGUCCGAUGUCUCUGGGAAGGAAACUUAACAAAGCAGCUAGUAUCAUCACUUAGUGUCGGCAUGCUCAAUCAAAUUACAAGUAACUUCAGCGGUGACACUGCCAUGGCUCGUUUGGAUAUUCAAACAGGAAAAGGACCGUUCGCACCUGAAGCUAAUGGCUUAAUCAAAAUCGGUGAAAUAAUGACAUUAGUAGUAUCUGUUACCGGGGAUCCAGGUUUCGAUAUUUUAGUAAGAGAGUGCAUAGCUAGAGAUUCUGGAAACAAUCACGUCGUACCAUUGACCGAUUCUAACGGCUGCGUACUCAAGCCGAAACUCUUCGGAUCAUUCCAGAAGACAAGAGAAACGGGUAAUACAGGGGCUUCCAUCAUAGCUUACGCCUAUUUUAACGCAUUCAAGUUUCCUGAUGAAAUGGAUUUGAUAAUCCAAUGCGAAGUUGAACUAUGUAAGACUGAUUGCGAAGUCUGCCCGAACCCUGGAAGCACAGAGCCGAGGAGGAAAAGACGUGAUAUUAUCCACGUUGGUAAUAGAACCUAUGAACCAGUUACGACUAUCGAAAAAGGUCUGAGAGUGGUCUUUGCUGAAGACCUCCCACAUGAGACCGGUAUAUGCAUUUCGUCCACAGCCGCGUUAUGGGGUGGAUUUCUAGUUUUAGCUGGGUCAUUAAUAAGUAGUUUAGCUGUCUCUUUCUGCUGGCACAGAUCGCAUGCAUCCUUUAAAUUUUGAUAAACAAUUAAUUUAUGCUUAUUUAUUAAGUACUAAAGUUAUUUUUAAUAAUUGCAUUCCUAAGGUUAUUGUAUAGGACUUUAAUUGAGUAAUAAAGAAAACCCUAUUUUUUCAAUAUCCGUUCAAAAAUGAUGAUUUAUUUGGACACAUUAAUAUUUUCUCA